GAAAAAACGUGCACUGCUGCAGAGAACAUUAUUUUAGUUUUUUACAACUUGUUAAGAAAUUUAUGUUAAAUAAACGCAAUUUUUAUAGAGUUUUUUAAGCAAAAAUGGGUAAAAAAGUGUAUAAUGCCAAGGCCAGACAAAAUCCGGAAACAAUUGUGGACAAUUCCACAUUAAAAAAUGUAAAAUUGGAUUUAGCUGAAUUGGGUGAGGGCACCUCCGCUGGUUAUGAUGAAUCCAAUGCCUUGGUGUUGCCCUCCCAAAAAAGAGCCACCAAAAUUAAGGUGGAGCACCGACAAAAUGUGAAAAUCUUGACCAAAAAACAAAGGAAGCACUUGCAGGCCAUAGUGGAUAAGAAAAAGAAGAAAGAGGGGCGCGCUGGUUUAUUGGAAGCCUUGGCUAAGGUACAAGUUUCGGAGACCGAACUUAAGCAGUACACUUCCAUAAGUCAAGUACAAACUGUGGGUGUUAAAAACUUCGAUUCGUUGGAUGCGAUGAUGGCCAGAAAACAGCAAAGACAACAAAAUGCUAAGGUGGAGGUGGGAGGCAAAUUAAGUUCCAUUAAAGGAGCAGCCAAACGUAAACUAUUAAUAGAGGAAGAGGAAGACUUAAAUGCCAAAAGAAAAAAUCCAAAUAUUGUCAGCAUGGAAGAGGAGGACGAUGAUGACGAUGAAACCACAGAAGAUGAAGAAGAGGAGGAGGAGGAAGAAGAGAAAUUAAAAGAAACCAUUGUAGAAGAAGCAAAAGAAGCUGACAUAACAGAAGAAAUAAAAGAAAAACCUUCCAAACCUGUUGAAACCCCUAAAAAAGAAGUUUUAAAAUCUUUAGCGCCCGCACGGCAAACCGUUUAUGUGCCCGUCUUACGUGAUCCCGAGAUUCAGGCAGCCCGUUUGAAACUGCCUAUUUUGGCGGAGGAACAACAGGUCAUGGAAGUGAUUAAUGAGAACAACAUCAUUAUAGUGGCUGGUGAGACAGGUUCGGGUAAAACUACUCAAAUACCUCAGUUCCUGUAUGAAGCAGGCUACUGUGAAAAUGGCAAACUUAUAGGCAUAACCGAACCCCGUCGUGUAGCCGCCAUAGCCAUGUCUAAACGUGUGGCACACGAAAUGAAUCUGAGCGAGAAAGAAGUUUCCUAUCUUAUAAGAUUCGAGGGCAAUGUUACGGCCGAAACUAAAAUAAAAUUCAUGACAGAUGGUGUCUUGCUCAAGGAGAUUGAGUCAGAUUUCUUGCUUAAAAACUAUUCGGUUAUAAUAUUGGAUGAGGCUCACGAAAGAAGUUCUUAUACAGAUAUUUUAGUGGGUCUUUUGUCAAGAAUAGUGCCGUUAAGACUUAAACGUGGAGGCAAUCCUUUGAAAUUGAUCAUAAUGUCAGCCACUUUGAGAGUAGAAGAUUUCACCUCUAACUCUAGAUUGUUCAAAAUACCUCCGCCUUUGAUAAAAGUACAAGCCAGACAGUUUCCCGUGACCGUACACUUUCAGAAACGCACACCCGACAAUUAUGUAGAAGAGGCCUAUAGGAAAACGGUUAAAAUACAUUCCUCGCUGCCAGAAGGAGGCAUUUUAAUCUUUGUUACCGGCCAGCAGGAGGUUAAUCAAUUGGUGCGCAAGUUAAGAAGAACUUUUCCCUAUAAAAAGCCAGAGAAACAAAUUGAAAAAUCAAAUGAAGAAGAGGGUGUGGCAGAAAAAAUGGAGGAUACACCAGACAAACCUGAUACAGAUGAUGAAUUUGAUAUGAAACGGGCCAUACGCAAUGUGCGCAAAUCGAAAAAGAAGUUUUUGUCUCAAUUGGCUUUGCCCAAAAUCAAUUUGGAUGAUUACAAGCUGCCGGGAGAUGAUACGGAGGCCGAUUUGCUGGAAAAUCAAGAUUCUGAUGCUGAGAAUGCUGAACAAGAAGAUGAUGAUUUGGAAGAUGAGGAUAAUCCAAAUGUUAUGGAUGAGGAUGUGGCUGCCUCUACCACCAAACAACCCUUGUGGGUUUUACCCUUGUACUCCUUACUGUCAUCGGAAAAACAAAACCGCAUUUUCCAGCCUGCUCCAGAGGGUAGCCGUGUAUGUGUGGUCAGCACUAAUGUGGCCGAAACUUCCUUGACCAUACCCAAUAUCAAGUAUGUGGUGGACUGUGGCAAACAAAAGACCCGUUUGUAUGAUAAAAUCACCGGUGUCAGUGCCUUUGUGGUUACCUAUACCUCCAAGGCCUCGGCUGAUCAGAGAUCGGGUCGUGCUGGCAGAGUCAGUGCUGGCCACUGUUAUAGACUCUACUCCAGUGCUGUGUACAAUGAUGAAUUUGAGGAUUUCUCGGUGCCCGAUAUACAAAAGAAGCCUGUCGAUGAUUUAAUGCUGCAAAUGCGUUGCAUGGGCAUAGAUCGUGUUAUAAACUUUCCCUUUCCCUCGCCUCCAGAUACGGUGCAACUCCAGGCAGCCGAAAAACGUUUGGUGGUUUUAGGAGCCUUGGAAAAUGUAAGUGAUUCUACUACAGCCAGCCCAGAUCUACCGCCCAAAGUUUCGCGCUUGGGCCAAAUAAUAUCUAGAUUCCCGGUAUCGCCCCGUUUUGGCAAAAUGUUGGCUUUGUCUCAUCAACAAAAUCUCUUGCCCUACACGGUGUGUUUGGUAGCUGCCUUGUCGGUGCAGGAGGUAUUAAUGGAGGUUAACUUUGAUCGUGAGAAAGAAGAUGCCGCAGUUACCAUGGGCAAAUGGCAAAAGAAAAGACAAUCUUGGGCUUCUUCGGGCAACUACCAAUUACUAGGUGAUCCCAUGGUAUUGUUAAGAGCUGUGGGAGCCGCUGAAUAUGCCGGCUCUAAAGGAGAACUGGUUAAGUUUUGUUCGGAAAAUGGUUUAAGACAUAAAGCCAUUACCGAAGUGCGUAAGUUAAGAGUACAACUAACCAAUGAAAUCAAUUUAAGCAUUACAAAUGUCAAUCUAAAUGUUGACCCUGCCAUGACGCCACCCUCAGAUGCCCAGGCUAGGUUCUUACGCCAGAUUUUAUUGUCCGGCAUGGGUGAUAAGGUGGCACGCAAGGUUAAUUUGGCCGAAAUAAGCGAUAAAGAAGAAAAGAGACGGCUUAAGUAUGCCUACAAUUGUUUGGAUAUGGUGGAGCCGGUAUUUAUGCACUCUUCCUCGGUGCUUAAGCAAAAGCUACCCGAAUGGGUUAUCUACCAGGAGGCCUAUGAAAUACAAAAUGGUGAUUCCAGUAAAAUGUUUAUAAGAGGCAUUACAGAAAUCGAGCCGGAAUGGUUGCUACUAUAUGCGCCUUUGCUGUGCAAUAUUAGAAACAUAAAAGAGGAACCUUUGCCCAGAUACAAAUCGGAUGAUGGCAAAGUUUACUGUUUUGUGGAUGCCACUUAUGGCAAGGCCGGCUGGGAGCUGCCUUUAACGGAAAUUGAAAUGCCCUCAGAGGAAAAGGCUUUUUGUUACUUUGCCAUGUUUUUCUUGGAUGGUCAAGUGUGUCCCCAACUGUUGCCCUUUAAAUCAAAGUUGAAAUCUACACCCUCUUCUUUAACCAAAAGCUGGUCUAAUUUGAAUGAACACAUCUUAAAAUUCAAGAGAUGUUUUAUGGCUAAACGUUUAAAUACUCGUGAAAAGCUAUUUGAAGCCUGGAAACAAAAUCCCAAUUUCCUUUUGGAGCAAUACCACAAUAUGUUGUAUGAUGUUUCCUUAGCAGAAUUGACCAGCAUUUGGCCACCCACCAAAAUAGAUUAGUUUUUUUUUUAAUUUUAAGAAACAAUUUAAUAACAUUUUAAUUUUAUAAAAACUUUAAAUAAGAAAUUUAAUAAAAUUUAAAAAAUAAUAAAAUUAAAUACAAAUUUUAAUGAAAAGUUAAAA